AUGGCAGGUAAUGAAGAGCGUACGGUGAUUGAAGCCACAAAGCCCAAUCUAGCUAAUAUGACUCAGGCUAUUGUGAAGCCUGUGAUCAUAGGGAAUUUUGAAAUCAAACAAAAUCUUGAGGGGCAAAUGGGGCACUUAGCAACAAAUCAAAAUACUAGAAGUGCAGACGCUCUCCCCAAUGAUACAGAGAAGAACACUCAAGUUAAUGCAGUUACACUCAGAAACGGGUGGAAACUAGAGGAAGUGCCAAAGAAGCGAAAAGACAAGCCUAUACCUGAUUGGGAGUUGAUUCCUAAAGCAACACAUGAGUCAAAGAAAGAUGAUGCAACUUCAGAGCCAAUGGAGGAUGUUCAAUUGAAUAUUCAAUUGGUGGAUUUACUUCUUGAGAUUCCAAAGUAUGCUAAGUACAUAAAAGAUAUAGUGGCUCACAAGAAGAGAUUGACUGAAUUCGAGACAGUUGCACUUCCUGAGGAGUGCACUUCAAGGCAAUUGGGGCUGGGAGCUCCAAGACCAACUACUACGGUGUUGCAGCUAGCUGAUAGGUCCAUAGCACACCCUGAGGGAGUGAUUGAAGACAUGUUGCUGCAAAUUGGGAAGUUCAUAUUCCCUACGGACUUCAUUAUCCUAGAUUAUGAGGCUGAUGAACUGGUUCUAAUCAUAUUGGGACAACCUCUUUUAGCUACUGGUAAUGCAAUUAUUAAAGCGAGAGAGGGAAAAAUGUUUUUGAGGGUGGAUGACGAGGAAGUAGUCUUUAAUGUCUACAAAGCAAUCCAGCUUCCUCGCCACUAUGAGGAGCUCUCGAUGAUAUCUGUUGUGGAGGUGGAUGAGCAACUUCUUGACACGAGUGUAUAUUUAGACGAUUCUCUAGAGAAAGCACUUAUGUUGUUCGAUAGCUUGGAGAUUGAUGAUGAGGUUGAGGAGAUGAUGCAUAUCCUAGAUGCAUCCUGUGCUUACGUACUGGGGGAAGAAAAGCUGUUGAGAGUGAUACGUGAGUACAAGUGA